AUGAACGCCCCGAGGAUACUCACCCGGCUGGCGAUCCGCCGCUCCUGCACCGCGAUGCAUUGCGCACCGUCAUCACUCGCCGCCGGAGCCCGUCGCGCAUACGGCAGCCCGUCCUUCCAAUCCUACCCUCUCUACCCAAACAACGCUCCCCCGCCACCCCGAACCGACGGCGCCGAGGGCUCCAUCGCGCAGCCGGAUGCUCUUCCGAAGGUCAACGAGACGAGACCGCCCAAGAUGUCCCAGCUGUCCGCGCACCAGCCGAGUCCCUCUACGACUACGACGACGACAACAAAUGCCUCUACCACCACCACCACCACCACCACAUCAACAGCCGCCACCCCGACACCCACAACGACAACGUCAUCAGCACCAGCCAAGCCCACCCGCCCACGCUCCAAGCUCCGCGCGCGCAAGGCGGCUAUGAAGCUCACCCCCGCGGCCGUCGAGCAGCUUCGUGCCCUGCUGGACCAGCCCGAGCCGAAGCUGAUCAAGGUCGGCGUGCGCAACCGCGGGUGCUCGGGGCUGGCGUACCACCUCGAGUUCGUGGAGAAGCCCGGCAGCUUCGACGAGGAGGUGGUGCAGGACGGCGUCAAGGUGCUGAUUGACAGCAAGGCGCUGUUCAGCAUCAUCGGCAGCGAGAUGGACUGGGUCGAGGACAAGCUCAGCCAGAGGUUUGUGUUCAAGAACCCGAAUAUCAAGGAAGAAUGUGGUUGCGGAGAGUCGUUCAUGGUAUGA